AUGGCCUCGGAUGUUUCCUCUCUGGGCUCUGGGAACCCCGGCCCGGGGGCGUCGGCUGGAGGAGCCAUCCAGAGAGCCAACAAGAGGAGGCCUGGACUUGAUUUUGAUGAUGAUGGAGAAGGGAACAGUAAAUUCCUCAGGUGUGAUGACGACCCGAUGCCCAACGACAAGGAGAGAUUUGCCAGGUCUGAUGAUGAGCAGAGUUCAGCGGAUAAGGAGAGACUUGCCAGGGAAAAUCACAGCGAGAUCGAGCGCAGGAGGAGGAACAAGAUGACUGCCUACAUCACAGAGCUCUCUGACAUGGUGCCCACCUGCAGCGCCCUGGCCCGCAAGCCCGACAAGCUGACCAUCCUCCGCAUGGCUGUCUCCCACAUGAAGUCCCUGAGGGGCACGGGCAACACCUCCACUGAUGGCACCUACAAACCCUCCUUUCUCACUGACCAGGAACUCAAACACCUGAUCCUGGAGGCAGCUGAUGGCUUUCUGUUCAUAGUCUCCUGUGAGACUGGGAGGGUGGUCUACGUCUCAGACUCAGUGACCCCAGUCCUGAACCAGCCUCAGUCCGAGUGGUUUGGCAGCACCCUCUACGACCAGGUUCACCCCGACGACGUGGGCAAGCUGAGGGAGCAGCUCUCCACCUCAGAGAAUGCCCUGACAGAAGGAACCAAACCCUGGUGCCUUUCUAACAAGGAUCCUGCCGCCCCCCCUGAGAAUGCAUCUAAAGGUCGUAUCCUGGAUUUGAAGACUGGGACUGUGAAGAAGGAAGGCCAGCAGUCCAUGAGGAUGUGUAUGGGCUCACGAAGAUCCUUCAUCUGCAGAAUGAGGUGUGGCAGCAGCUCGGUGGAUCCCGUCUCUGUGAAUCGGCUCAGCUUCAUGAGGAAUCGCUGCAGGAACGGUUUAGGGGCGGCGAAAGACGGCGAACCCCACUACGUGGUGGUGCACUGCACGGGUUACAUCAAAGCCUGGCCCCCUGCAGGGGUUUCACUGCCAGAUGAUGACCCAGACGCUGGCCAGGGCAGCAAGUUUUGCCUUGUGGCUAUUGGCAGACUCCAGGUGACGAGCUCACCCAACUGCACAGACAUGAACAACGUUUGUCAGCCAACAGAAUUCAUCUCCAGGCACAACACUGAAGGGAUUUUCACCUUCAUAGAUCAUCGCUGCGUGGCUACAGUGGGCUACCAGCCACAGGAACUUCUGGGGAAGGACAUUGUGGAUUUCUGCCACCCAGAAGACCAGCAGCUUUUAAGGGACAGCUUCCAGCAGGUGGUGAAGUUAAAAGGUCAGGUGCUGUCGGUCAUGUUCCGCUUCCGAUCCAAGACCCGGGAGUGGCUCUGGAUGAGGACCAGCUCCUUCACCUUCCAGAACCCCUACUCAGAUGAGAUCGAGUACAUCAUCUGCACCAACACCAACGUCAAGAACUCCAGCCAGGAGUCUCGGCCUGCCCUGUCCAACUCCCUGCAGAGGCCCCAGCUGGGGCAGAGCGUGAGCCUUCCCCUGGAGAUGGGCACAGCCCCUCUGCCCUCAAGGCAGCAGCAGCAGCCACCACAACAGACAGAGCUGGAAGUGGUCCCUGGAAGGGAGAGCCUGGCUGGCUACGACCACUCCCAGGUGCCCGUCCAGCCCGUGCCUGCUGCUGGCCCAGAGCACAGCAAGCCCCUGGAGAAGCCUGAGAACCUUUUUAACCAAGAGAGGGACCCCAGGUUCAGUGAAAUCUACAGUGGCAUCAGUGCAGACCAGAACAAAGCCAUUCCUGCCAGCACUGUGCCUGCCAACCAGCCCCUCUUCACCCAGGGCAACUCCUUCACCCCAGCACGACCCACAGAGAACUUCAGGUGAG